GACAAUUCUGUGCGUAGCUGGAUUUUACGUGACCAUGUCCUAUGUGAAGUGCCCUUUCCUUCGAAUACUCCUGGUGCGAGGAGCUCCAGUGAUGUUCCAAAUGUAUUUGAUUCAUGCUUUGGUUUAGCAACAUCCCCUGGAAAUCUGGUGGUUGCUGUGGACUCAGAAGGCUGCUGUUGAGUUCUUCUGGAUUGGUGGGCAGCAAUGCGAUGUUUUAUCUUCCAGAGACCCUGAGUUUGAUGUUGAAGCUUUUUCUGGUUUUCCUGACAAGGAAUUAUUUUAUUGGAAGUAUAAUUUUUUGUGGUCUUUAAAUCAAUAUGAACAUGUGGAGAAGCCUCUGGUUGUUUGGGAUAUCAUAGAAGCAUUAUUGACGUUCAAGCAGUCUGCACCUAAGUAUGUGGAGCAUGUACUAGCUAAGUGAGCUGGAGGCAGACAAAAUUAACUGCUGUUUGAAGAAUUUUGAAGGAAUACGUGGUGCUGAAGAAGAACACCUUGCUUUGUGGCUGGAGCUGCUUCUGAGCAGUGAAAGAGAACUCCGAGAAAGGCUCGUGGCUUUUAGUUU